AUGAAGCUUUCCACCGCCUUUCUAGUAUUCUGUGUGGCUCUGCUCAGUGACUCCGGUAUCGCUUUCUUUGUGAAAUCGGUGGUCAAACCAGCAGUAGAACCCGUGGCUGCCCUUGCCCCAGCUGCAGACGCUGUGGCUGGGGCUGUGCCUAGCUUACCAUCAAGCCACUUGAGCAUCCUGAGGUUCAUCCUGGCCAGCCUGGGCAUCCCAGUGGGUCCUCUCAUAGAGGGUUCCAGGAAGUGCAUCACCGAGCUGGGCCCUGACACUGUGGGGGCUGUGAAGUCACUGCUGGGGGCCCUGACAGUAUUCGGUUGA